AUGAAAUCCAAAGUUAUUGUCGGUGGACAAAAUGCGCUUGGUAAGGAAUUUCCUUACAUGGCGGCUUUGGGAUUUGUGCAAGACAAUAAAGUACUUUGGAGCUGCGGAGGAACUCUAAUUAAUGAUAAAUUCAUAUUGACAGCAGCGCAUUGUACUAAUUCCAGAGAUUUUGGACAAGUGAAGUUCGUAAGACUUGGUGACUUAAACUUGAUCCUGAACACGGACGAUGCUUCUCCUCAGAUGUUCGAAGUAAAACGGAUUUUGAAACAUCCCAAAUACAGAUCAUCUUCGCAUUACCACGAUAUUGCUUUGAUUGAAUUGGAUAAAACUGUAAAGUUUACUUCUUACACGGAACCAGCAUGUUUAAAUACGCCGAUCUCGAAUCGUUCGAACGAUAACUUUAUUGCCAUUGGUUGGGGUCACACUUCUUUUGGUGGUGAUACCAGUGAUGUUCUUCAAAAAGUUGAAUUAAAGGAAAAAACUAAUGAUGAAUGUAAUCAAAGGUAUAAGACUAAUAGGAAACUUCAAUCGGGAAUUGUGCAUGAUUGGCAGCUCUGCGCAAACGCUCCAAAUAGAGAUACUUGUCAAGGCGAUUCCGGUGGACCUUUGUCUAUAAAAGAGGAGAAGUAUCAUGUCGUUCAUGGAAUCACUUCGUUUGGGAAAGCUUGCGGUGUUGCACCAGGAGUUUACACCAGAGUUUCUAACUAUGUAGGAUGGAUCGAGGAUAAUGUAUGGCCUCAAAAAUAG